GAGAAAAAGAAGCUGACUAUUUACGGUAAACAGCGGCCCGCUGCGCCCGUGAGGGCUUUCAGGACAACUCGUUCCGCACCAGUGCCAUGCGGUCGGCCAGGAUACUCCUCCGCGCGCGCGCCGCGACAGCGACGCGCCUCCGCAGCUUGUCCACUGCUCGGAGCACUAUCGCUCGGUGCACGCCAGCCGCGGCGCGCCGCCUCUCCCGGACGCCAGCCGCGGCGCGCCACCUCUCCAGCACGCCAGCCGCGGCGCGCGGCCUCUCCAGCACCGUCGACGGCGAGGAGGAGCCGAUAGAGCGGGACAGCAUGGAGUACGACGUCGUAAUUGUGGGAGGCGGCCCCGCGGGACUAGCCGCCGCAAUCCGCCUCAAGCAGCUGGAGGAGACGACAGGAAAUGAAAUUUCCGUCUGCUUGCUCGAGAAGGCAAGUGAAGUAGGCGCUCAUGUUGUCUCCGGUAAUGUGUUUGAGCCGCGAGCGCUGGACGAGCUCCUCCCGGAUUGGCGCGAAGACGCCGAUGCCCCUUUACAAACGAAGGUCGAGGCGGACACCUUCUCUUACUUGCAUUCAGAGACGGGCGCCAUACCCUUACCUUGCCCUCCAUCGUUGCACAACGACGGCAAUUACGUGGCUUCAUUAAGUCAGGUCGUCCGUUGGCUCGGCGAGAAGGCCGAAGCUCUAGGUGUGGAGGUCUACCCCGGCUUCUCGGCCGCCGAAGUGUUGUACGACGAUCGUGGUGGUGUGCGCGGCGUCGCUACAAGGGAUGUGGGCCUGAACAAGGACGGUUCGAAGGGAGAAAAUUACGAGCCGGGCAUGGAGCUCCUGGCCAAGCAGACGUUGUUGGCCGAGGGCGCGCGCGGCUCCUGCAGCGAGGAGGUCAUGGCCAUCUUCGACUUGAGGAAGCACUGCGACCCGCAGCAGUUCGGACUAGGGGUCAAGGAGGUCUGGGAAAUUCCCGAAGAGAAGUGCCAACCGGGCCUGGUCCAACAUACGAUCGGCUGGCCCCUGGCGUCUGACACGUACGGUGGGUCCUUCUUAUAUCAUAUGGCUCCUAAUCUAGUACAUGUGGGAUUAGUUGUUGGAUUGGACUACGCGAACCCUCAUCUCAGUCCAUAUAAAGAAUUUCAACGACUCAAACACCACCCGGCCAUGGCCAAACACUUGGAGGGCGGCGAUUGUGUCGCUUACGCGGCUCGCGUGAUUAAUGAAGGAGGGUUGCAAUCGGUGCCCAAGCUCACGUUCCCCGGUGGUGUCUUAAUCGGUUGCUCGGCGGGCUUCCUGAACGUGCCCAAGAUCAAGGGCACGCAUACGGCGAUGAAGAGCGGCAUGCUCGCCGCGGAGAACGUGUUUGUCUGUGUGGAAAUCAACCAGUGCGUCGGGUGCACCCGACAAUUCUUCACUAAGUCAUUUCUCGGCGAUGACGCGGCCGUACUGGCUCGGUCGAGCGAUGAGGAGCCGGCAUCACUACGCCAUCGAGCAGGCGUCGCGUCGAUGGCGUGAACGCGCCGUAAAAUUUUGAUUUCCACACAGGUGUUUGAGAGUAUCCAGACCGAGGAACGGGAAGCCGUCGGCUACCAGGAGGCCUUCGAGGCGUCCUGGGUCUACGACGAGUUAUAUGGUGUGAGGAACUACAAGCCCGCGUUUAAGAAGUGGGGGCUCUUCGGCGGGGUAGCUUAUGCGGGUGCCUCAGCUUAUGUGAUGAAGGGCAAGGAGCCCUGGACCUUCCGCCACGACUCCGUCGACUCCUCGACGACGGCGAAGGUCGACGACCCGCGGGCCAAACCUAUACAAUAUCCAAAACCCGACGGCAAGCUCUCGUUCCCUCUGUUGGAGAACGUCGCGCGGGCCGUGGUCGACCACGCGGACACGCAGCCUUCCCAUUUAGUCGUGAAGGACGAGUUUCGGGAUUCCAUGGUGGGCAAGACGGCGCGGUCGCUGCGGGAAUACGGGGCCCCGGAGGCGAAUUUUUGUCCCGCGGGCGUCUACGAGUACCCGGACGACGAAUUGGUCAUUAACGCCCAGAACUGCGUGCACUGCAAGUGCUGCUCGAUCAAGAUGCCGCUCGAGUAUAUCAAGUGGACGGUGCCGGAAGGAGGGGGUGGACCGAACUAUCAAUUAACAUAGAACUGUUUAUACACUCGAUCAUUCGGGGCGACGGCGUAGGAGGUGGCC